GGGGUCUUCCGGCUGCCGCGCGUGCGGAGCUUCCUUUCUCGGCGGACAUCUUGGGAGCAGCAGGAGCCGCAGCAUGCCGCCCAAAGACGAUAAGAAGAAGAAGGACGCCGGCAAGUCCGCCAAGAAGGACAAGGAUCCGGUCAACAAGUCGGGCGGAAAGGCCAAGAAAAAGAAGUGGUCCAAGGGGAAAGUGAGAGACAAGUUGAACAACCUUGUGCUGUUUGACAAGGCCACCUACGACAAGCUGUGCAAAGAGGUGCCCAACUACAAACUCAUCACGCCAGCGGUGGUCUCAGAGAGACUGAAGAUUCGAGGCUCUCUGGCCAGGGCUGCUCUGCAGGAACUGCUCGGUAAAGGUUUGAUCAAACUGGUGUCGAAGCACCGAGCCCAAGUGAUCUACACCAGAAACACAAAAGGUGGAGAUGCCCCUGCUGCAGGGGAGGACGCGUAGGAAGGUUCUCCAGCGACCUCCUCAGCAACGUCUUAUACAAAUGCAUACAAUAAAAUUAUUGAAAUAAUUA